AUGAAGGACCAGAGAGAUGGUGUUAGAAGCAACAGUUUGUACUCUUCACAUUAUUCAUGGGACCAUUCUUCCCAUAAAAGGGAUGCUUCAUUUUCCAGAGAGUCGCCUGGAGGUCAAAAGGACUCUCCACACAGCAGAUCUGGCUCCAGUGUCAGCAGCAGGAGCUAUUCUCCAGAACGGAACAAACAUUAUCCAUUCUACCAGUCACAGAACAGAAGAAGAGAGAGAUCUGCUCAGUCUUUGAAAACAUCACAAGACACUUCAACUUGGAGCUCUUCAGCACUUCCUUCCUCAAAGAGGGUACCUGACACGCCAUUAGUCAUUGAGCAGCCUGAAGAAACUGUGUCUAACACAACAGAUUGGAUAGAAUUAUUUGAAGAUGCUCAACUAGACAGUCGCUCUAAAGCAAUAGCAUCCAAAAUGAAGGAGAUUGAACGGGUUUACCAGCAAGACUGUGAAACUUUCGGGGUGGUGGUGAAAAUGUUGAUUGCAAAAGAUCCUUCAUUAGAACAAACUAUACAGUUUGCUCUGAGGCAGAAUUUGCAAGAUAUAGAUGUUCCUAAAGCAUCAAAAGAAACAAGGACAAUUAGCAGGAAGCUAGCAAGCAGUCCUGAAUACCAGUCCUUCAUGAGAAACAAUGUCAGUUAUUUGCAUGCAAUAUUUCUGGAUGUGAGGAUGAAAAAACUGGAGAACCCUGUUCUAGACUGGUCCAGAAAACCAGGUCUUUGUGAUGUAGGCCUUCAUUUACUAUAUAUUGCCAAAGAAACUCCCAGAGCUCAGUUGCUCAAGAGCAAUAUUGCGAUUCAGAUGAUGGAGAAUCUUCUCUUGUCACUGAAAAGCGUUGCUAUACCAUGGCUGAGCCCGGAACUCGCCACCUUUGCAAUGGAUAUGAUCCUUGCCAUUGUGGGUGGCGUGGGGCUCUACCUCCUGCUACUGCUACUUCCCUGCUUCAAGGAAAAUCCAUCCUCACCAACACCUGAGAGAAAGAACAAACUGACUCAGUAUUCUGUGGAGAAAAGAGGCCAGAUCAAGUGCAGGAAGAAACGUGCUGCUCUGAAAGGUAGGCUCCGCACUUUCUCCCAAGGGAAUUUGAUCUCAGUCUCUGUCAGCAAGAGCCAGGCCACCAACGCCCUAGGGAAACUUGAUGACACUAGAAGCUUCCAGCGUUUCUUAAAAGGAGAUGCCUUAGGUGAAUUUUUCAACUCAGAAUCUUCUACAGCCCACCUGUCAGCAAGGGACUCUGAGGAGGACACUUUCUCCAGCACUGUGUCCCUGAAGGCUUCCCCAUCUCCUUCAUCCGGUGGCUUGCAGCCUCUGGCCUCCACCUUAUCACCAGUCCACAUAGGCUCCUCAGUUUCUGUUGAGUCACACACAUCCCAGAGUGUGUCUCAGCCUCCGGAGCCGUCCAUUGCUCUAGGAGAACAGUCUUUUCCCUGUUCUCAUUUUCCUCCACCUGUGGCCUGCACUCCACCCAGGCACGACUCACACUCGGGUCUUCCCCCAUGUGACAUCAGGGAAGUCCCUCCAGAAACCACCCCACAGAGCUCUCCAACCAACAGCUCUAGGGUGCCUUCUCCUAUUCCAGCCCUCAACUCUGAUCUCCUGGAUUUUUCAGCCAGAGUGCUUAGUAAGAGGGCAAAGCUGAAAUCAGCUUGUCAGGAGAAAGAACACCCUCUGGAUUCUCAGGGGAACAUGAUGAAGUCACUGGGCAGUGCACAAGACACUGCCAUCCCUCAGCCCCUCUGGAACACCGAGGGAAAACCACAGCAGCUUCCUGAUUCUCAGGAGCUGUUCUUCCCCAUGGUCUUGCAGAAAUGCUGCCAACUGUUCUGGGGCCUUCCCUUCCUGCACAGCGAGUCCCUGGUGGCUCCUGUCCAAAUGUCUGGUCAUCCACUAGACUUACCUUCUGUUUUAUUCAAUAGUUUCUUGCACUUAGUGCCGGUACAAGUCCAAGCUAACGUACCUCCACCAUACUUUGUACAGCAGCCCUUACUGCAUCAUUUGGUCAAAUCACAACCCUUCACUCCAACUUUACCCUGGCCUCAGCCUUCCCCAGAGGCUGAGAUCCAGGCCUGUACCCAUGACACGUUCUCUACACCAAUCCAAUCUUGUCCUUCACCUCCAGUGACGUCCUCUACUAUCCCACCUGUUGUUCAACAGCUAGAACAUCAUCUCGAGAAGAAACACCUAGAAUGUCAUAGAAUUUUACCCUCUGUGGUCAAACAGUCUCACAAAAUCUUUAGUCAAGAUCAGGCCACCUGGAACCAGAGAGGCUCUAGCAACCAUUCAAGUGAGUUUAACAGCCUUGAGAUGAGGGAAAAGCUGGAACAUCACCUCCAAGAGAGGCUCCUACAGCACCUCUGUAAAACAACUGGCAAGAUCCAGCUGCCUCCUGAGAAUUUCACAGGAGCAGAUCAGACAGACAACAAACAUAUGUCUUUACAGAACUCUACAUCUAUAGAUAAUUGCUAUCAGAAUAUUCAGAAAUACCCAGUAUCCCAGGGAUGGGAGAACUCUAGAAAGGACCAGCAAUACUCUGUGAGCAGAGUAGUGAGCGCUCUAGACAGGGAUGCAGAGAGCUGCUCAGGGGAUUUUCUAGAGGCCAACACACAGAGCAAAGUAGAAAGUGACUUGAUGAGUCCAGGUAGUGAUUCAGGAUAUUUUCCCCCAACUCAUUCAAAUAACUAUCUAAGAGACACCCUAAUAACCCAUCUCACCACUAAAUGGGAGCAGAUCAAUAGGGACAAGGUCCCUAUGUACGUUAGUCAUUCCCGGGGCAUGACGGAUCAUGCCUUGGCCCCCCUUGAAAACUCCAAUUCUAGCAAGAACACUGGCAGAGAACCACCCUUGGAAAUUAGGGAAACCUGCAAGAGCUCCUCCCAGGAGGUUUCCCACAUUGAUGCUGCCACUCGACAGCUGCUAGAUGUGCAUAUCAAGAAGCUUUGGGCAAAGCACCAGUGGGGCUUAUGCCUAAAGGUUCUCAAACCGAUAAACAUCCUUACUAUGAAAAAUGUGCCCCCUGUGCCAACUUCACAGGGAGCUUCUCCCUACAUGACCAACCACACAGUGAAGGAAGGUGCAUGCCAGAGAGAAGCCCUUCCCAAAGAACAAAAAAUAGAGAGAGAAAAAACUGAAGGCCAUACCAUACAACCUUCUCAACCACAUUCACGACCUGAAAUCCCAAGGGGAACACAGUAUAAUCAUAACUGUGGUCCCCUGGAGGUCUCUCCAACUAGAAAGGAAGGUAGACUGCUUUUUAAGACUCAAUCUUGUAUCCUAGUAGGAAGAAAUUGGCACGAUGACAUUGUGCCAAGAUCAGAGGGAAGCAGUAUAGAAUCAGUUAAAAGCCAAGCAAUGGGCAUGUCUUUGACACAAGAGAACGAAAACCUCUGCCACAGAGUGUCCAUCCAAGAGGUCUUUGUUCCACCCAAAUCUGAGCACACAGAAGAUCUCUCAGAAAUGGAUGAGGAUGAAGAGAAACAGCCCAGUAACAUGGAUUUCAAUAACUUGAACCUCAGAAAUUCAGAACUUCUGAGGACCAAACAAACACCAUACUCCUCGAGAAUUUCAAUUUCUAACCACCCAAGAGAACAGGAGGCAGGGUCAAGUAGUACUAGCGAAAGCACUGCUUUUGAUGAUAUCCUGCAGGACUGCAAUGUUAACGCAUUCCUGCAAGAUGGUGGCCCUGAGGUACUGAUUGCUGACGACAUGUUGGCUUCCCAGAGUUCUCUGACUAGCUCACAGAACCUUUCCGGAAGUAGCACAUCUACUUUCUAUAAGCCACGCACUCCCGAAUCAAGGGGAGGGCACAUCACGAAGCAAGAACCUAAGUCAUCUAAACUCCAGCACCUAUGGUACAGCAAAAUGUUUCAGGGUCCUGACGAAACACAGAGCAGUGAGAGGCCCAAAGCUACAACACAGAAAGCCAAGUCUGCAGGAAUGAGGCCCUCACAAAGCUGCAAGCUGAACUCUCCUGCCCAGGUCAGGAAAACAAGAACUGUGAGGAAGGAUUCCAUACCUGUGUCUGAGAAAGCACAGCAUCCCCCAGAGUCUCAGUUCGGAAACCGGAUAAAGAAGUUUUUUAUGUCCAUUUUUUCUAUAAAAGAGAAUAGUCAGGCAGACUCACUGCCAAAUUCAAAAAGCCAGUCAUCCAAUAGCAAGAACCAAGACUUAAUGACAAGCAGAACCCAAGACGUUAGAGGGCCUGAAGCCCAGACACUCAAGAACACCAUUGGGAAAAUCCUAGAAGAAGAAAUUCACCAUGAAGAGGGACAGAGGAAAGUACUAUGGGAGAUGGGCAUGAAAAUUAUUGAAUUUCACAAUGCAGAGUACAGCCAAGGGAAACAUGGCUUCACCUUGUCGAUGAAUGCCUUGGUAAUUAUGAUCACUGAAGAAUUCAAACAGGACAAAAGUUCCAGAAAACUGCUAUCCAAUUACCCCAGUGAGCAGAGCCUAGUGAACUGUUCUGGUCCUCAACCCACCUGGGGCUGCAGGCAUGAUGGACUAGAACUUGCUUUCCAAUAUGUCAAGGAAAAUGGAGGCAUGGACUCAGAGGAAUCCAACCCAUAUGAAUACAGAAGCUUGUCCCUGGAACUGGACCCCCUUGUCGGGGGAUUGGCCUUGAAGUUACUACAGGCCAGGUUCGGGGAAGCUCUCUGUGAAAUUGCCAUGUGGGGAGCCUUUUACAAAAAUGCCAGAAGGUCCUACACUCUGUUAAGGCCACCAAAUGGCAACAUUAUGGAUUAUAUUAAGGCCUGUAAUGACAUCGGCACCUCUGUUUAUAAUGCUAACCUACUGGCAUUAGCCAUAACAAGGCUUAAAAACUUGGCUGCCACCACUGCAGGCAGCAUAGCAGUAGAACUUAAAACUGCAGCUCCUACGCUUUUAACUCCUGAUCAAGCUACCAGCAAAUGCCUCAGCAUGAGAAGUGACAACCUCAGCUCCUUGGGGGAUCCACUGACAAACUUCAUCCUUGUGAGUGUUUCUGACCGGCCAUGGCUGGAGCUCCCUCUCUUUAUGCUCCUCCUGAUGUCCGACAUUCUGCCAACAUUGGGAAACAUUUCCAUCAUGCUGGUGUCCCGCCUGGAUUCCCAACUCCACAGCUUUAUGUACAUCUUCCUCAACCACCUGUCCUUUCUAAACCACUGCUAUACCACCACCACAGUCCCCCCAGAUACUGUUCAACAUGGGUAG